AUGGGGGGAGUAAGAUUUUUUCGGGGUUCCUUCACACGACGACUAUUUCAUAACGACUAUUUUUUUUUUGGCCUAUUUUUUUUUGGCCUAUUUUGUUUUGGCCUUUUUUUUUUUUCACCUAUUUUUUUUUGGCCUAUUUUUUUUUGGCCUAUUUUGUUUUGGCCUAUUUUUUUUUUGGCCUAUUUUUUUUUUGGCCUAUUUUUUUUUUGGCCUAUUUUUUUUUGGCCUAUUUUUUUUUGGCCUAUUUUUUUUUUGGCCUAUUUUUUUUUUUGGCCUAUUUUUUUUUGGCCUAUUUUUUUUUGGCCUAUUUUUUUUUGUCUAGCCUCAUUCAUGAAGCUGCUGAGAGUACUAAAACCUUAUUGAGAAACAGAGACUUUUCCUUACGCGAUUAAUAUUGAGUAA